AUGUCAGACUUCACUGAUGAGGGCUUGGACCACUUUCUGCAAAAUCAGGUGGAUCUCAGGCACCGACAGGUCUCUAAAACAGUAGAGGAUGUGCAGAAGAUUAUAAAGGACCUGACAGCUGAGGUCAGCUCUAAAGACUCCCGCUUCCAGUCUAUUGCCAACUCUGGAGUUCACAGUGACAGCCUCAAAGAUCAGCCAGCUUUAAUAUCUAAAUGGACUGCUCUGCUCAGGGGAAGAUGUACAUUCAACCCUGCCAUACAGGUCCUAACGCCCACUCUCUAUCUCAUCUCGGUGCCCGUGCGAGGGCUGCUGGGCUAUAAGGAGCGGAGAACACACCAGUGGCGCUACUACACCUUGAGCGGCAGCCGCCUGCUCUCCCCCGUGCGUGAGCCAGAAAAGCUCCACCAGUGGCUGGAGCUGGAGAGUUUCACCUGCCCUGGACAGGAGUGGCACGAUGCCCGAGUAGCCAUCGAGGGUGACAUCGUUCCUGCUAAAGUUGUCAGUUUGUUCAAGGAGUUACUGGAAGCAGCAAUUAAAACUUGUGGGCUAACAGGCAAGACAACUGUGCUGGAGUCAGUGGGCACAAUGGUGCGUGUUUCUGUGGAGACGUCAGAGGCACAGGUGGAGGUGGAACUGGUUCCGACGGUAGAGCUGAUGAACUGCUGGCCCAAAAAAGCCCGCUGGCCCCGCCUGCUGAAAAGAUGGCCCUCCACCGAGCGCAUUCGCUGUAUUAAGUCCUUUGGCUAUAACCUCAUGGCCUCAUCCAAUUACCACUGGCGGCUGUCCUUCUCACGGGCGGAGCAGGUGCUUCUGGGGGGUAUUGAUGAAGACGGUGGUUGCCGAAGGAAGAGCUACCGUGUGGUUCGCCAGCUCAAGGAGGAUGUGUGGUGCCCUGGGAACAAGCCUGUGAUUACUGCUUACCACCUACAGACACUGCUGUUCUGGACAUGUGAGAAGUAUCCCAGGUCCAAAGACUGGAAGAACCUAAAGGAGUGUGUGCUACGGUUGGUGAAGAAACUGCAUAAGUGUGCAAGCCAGCGCUACCUUAGGCACUAUUUUGUACGCUCCUACAACCUUCUCAAAUAUACCAAUGCUAAUGAGCUGGAUGACAUGGCCAAGAAGAUCGCUGAUUUUCUGGACAACCCAGGCACCUAUGUGCGUUAA